AGCUGACCAAUGAGAAGUCGUCUUGGUUCUCAUCCGGGUUGUGGAUGGUGGCAAGCAUGGCACCACCGGUGAGGUACUGCAUCCCCGGCGAACGUCUGUGUAACCUGGAGGAAGGCAGCCCCGGCAGCGGCACCUACACCCGGCACGGCUACAUCUUUUCGUCGCUGGCUGGCUGCUUGACGAAGACCAGCGAGAAUGGCGCGGUUCCCGUGGUGUCAGUGAUGAGAGAAACAGAGUCCCAGUUGCUUCCAGAUGUGGGAGCUGUCGUCACCUGUAAGGUCUCUAGCAUCAACUCACGGUUUGCCAAAGUACACAUCCUGUAUGUGGGAUCCACACCACUCAAAAAUGCUUUUCGAGGAACUAUCCGCAAAGAAGAUAUCCGAGCAACUGAAAAAGACAAGGUAGAAAUUUACAAGAGUUUUCGGCCAGGUGACAUAGUUUUGGCCAAAGUUAUCUCCCUAGGUGACGCACAGUCCAAUUACCUGCUGACUACUGCUGAAAACGAACUAGGAGUUGUGGUGGCCCACAGUGAGUCAGGUGUUCAGAUGGUUCCCAUCAGCUGGUGUGAGAUGCAGUGCCCCAAGACCCACACUAAAGAAUUCCGAAAAGUGGCCCGAGUACAGCCCGAGUUCUUACAGACCUAAGCCUACCCACCCCAAAGAGGGAUUCAGCUACUUCUAAAAGUACAUGUAUAAAAAACCCACCAGGAUGCCAUGGUCUUUAUUAAGGUCCCUGCAGUCAGCUGGCAACCAUCUCUUGAAACAACGUGCCAGAAACGUAUUCAUGCUGUAAUGAACACCCAAGGCCCCUGCCCCUGAGACAGGAAGAUUGUUAGUGCCCAAGUUUGAGGCCAGCCUGGGCUACAUAUUAAGACUCUUUCAACCAAAAGACAAAAAAGAAAAUGUACACUAUCUGAAACACUAUUUUUGGGAAACUUAUUUUUAUUCUCUUGGCUCAUGAAUCUCAUUUAAAGGCACUCAACAAACAAAAUCAUGUAAUAUUGAAAAUACCUUAUGCUUUCUUUAUAAAUAUGUACAUAUGUAUUUUGCUAUGACUGGAAAAAAAUCUUUUCA